CAAAUGUCACAGAGGACAUCUGUACUGAUCAUCAUGGCAAUGAUGAUCAUCAGUGCUGUGUCAGCACUGCCCAUCAGUGCCGCUUUUCAGUGCCCAUCAUUGCUGCAUAUCAGUGGAGCAUCAUCAGUGCCUCCUCAUCAAUGCCCACCAGUGGCGCCUCAUCAGUGCAGCCUAUCAGUGUCCAUUAGUGCUGCCUAUCCGUAAAACCUCAUCAAUGCACAUCAGUGAAGGAGAAAAAUUACCUGUUUGCAAAAUUUUAUAAUAGAAACAAAGAAAAACCUUUUUUUUUCAAAUUUUUUUUUUUUUUUUUUGUUUAUAGUGCAAAAAAUAAAAAACUCAGUGGCCAUUAAAUACCACCAAAAGAAAGCUCUAUUUGUGUGA